AUGCCGAAGGGAUACCAGAGAGAUUGCAACUAUCCGAUGAUGCCGUUGAUCAAGGACCUGGCCAGCUUCUGGAUGGCGAAACGCGUGGAUUUCCCUUACCGUUGCGAGACCUGCGGCAAAGGCUAUCAACACCGCGCCACCUUGGUCCGACACACGAGACACGAGUGCGGCAAGGAGCCGCAGUUCAAGUAUUUGCCCUGGUCGGGUUAUCAUUAUUACACGAGAACGAAUAACCAGCACAAGCCGCCGUUGACUUCGGAUAGCUUGAAGAUACCGCAGAGGUCCAGCAGCUGCCUGGAUAGGAGACCUGGCUGCUUCAGGUGUCCGAGGUGCAACAAAGGUUACCGCUGGCUCAGGAACAUGAAGAACCACCUGAAGAUCGAGUGCGGUAAAGACCCUAAGGAGUGCUGUCCGUACUGUCCCCACAGGACGAAGUACAAGAGCAGCUUGCAGAAGCACAUCCUUCGGAUUCACUUUGGAUAA